AUGGAUCUUUUCUUGCAGGCCUACACGAAUGUAGCUAAGCAGUUGUCCAGCCUUCUUACCGAGGAUUCAGAAAAAACGAGUUCCGCCGGACGGGCCUCAGAAGAAAUAUACAAAAAUCUGCAAUCCGUCCUAAUUUGCCUUGCGGAAAGAAUUACAUCACUAAAAAGCAGGAUUUGCUGGGCAGGCCAACAUGUGAAUAUUUGUCACAAACUAAACAUCCUUUCCUCACGAAUCGCCUCCCUCCAUUGUGCCCUACUAGGCUCCUUAUCGGAGAGACCCUUUUUGCGUAACCUGUAUGCCCUCGAGGGAUUGGAGAUGGAAGUAGACCAACUGCGUGACCACCUAGAGGCCUGUGUCUGCGAUGAUACUUUUGCUGCAAAUACCGAUUUUCGAAGCUUUUAUUCUUUGGCAACUGAUCAAGUGGGUCAGUUGUCUCGGUGUCUCCUGGAAUGUCGUCCACAACUGCCGACUCUUCAACUCUGCCUGGACGCCAUCCAACGAUUAGAGGAAUUGUGCGAUCUGUGCACUGCGUUGCAGCCUCGUCUGGACCACUUUGAUGAGGAAGUCUUAUUUCGACCAACGCCGAUUUCGUCGAAAUCCUUCGUCCAAGAGUUCGAGGUCCAACAGUGUAUAGCUUCAAAACUGGAUGUAUGA